AUGGAUGUUCGCCAUGAAAGAUUGGCUUCUUACUUUAAGGCAACAAUUCCAAUAACAGAUAAACACAUAAAUUAUGCCAGAGCCCGCGGAUAUACCCUCACAACCCUCGAUGACGGCACCUACAAAUUAUUCGGAAAUGAUGAAGAAGAAAGAGAAGCAUUCAUCAAAAUUCUUUGUGAUCGCGAUACAAAAUUAGAUGAGUUUCAAUCAGAUUUCGAGGAAGAAGAAUCCGAAAUUGAAGAAGAAAGUGAUGAUGAUGCUAUUCUCGAUAGACUUGGAAGAUUAUCUUAUGCUGCCAAGCCUGAAACACUUACUAGAGAGCAAAGAAUCGAAUUUAAGAUUGCUCACGAAAAAGAAUUACUUCAGAAAAGACUUGAAAAUCAGAAAACAUUUUCAAAGGCAGCCAAUAACACCGAGGACCAACCACAGAAUAACAGACCACGUAUUAACUACAGAAAGAAGCGCGAAGAAGAGGAAAGAAAGAGGAAAGAGGAAGCAGAGAAGAAGAAAAAGUUUGUUCCAGUGGAUGUUCCUGUUUCAUUUUGGGAAGGACUCGAAGUCGAGGUAGACACCGAAAAGAAGGCAAAACAUCCAGCUCCUAAGACAGAAAAUAAUAAUCAACAAAAUUCUCCGCAAAAUAAUAAGCAAAAUCAAUCAUCCAACGAAAACAAAUCACAGAAAAAUCCAAAAACAUUCAAUCCAUCGUAUCAUAACAAUAAAAAGCCAAAUAUGGAAAAAUUCGAAAUUCCUUCUACAGUUAUUACAGCUCUACCUGAUGAAGACCCCGAGUUUUACCGCGAAGAGAGACACCAGAAAUUCGAAAACCGAAAUCAAACUGCAUUUUCAACUCUUCACUACAUUUUGAACGAAAAUGUUCCGAAACGCGCUCCAAUGCGUGUUCCAACUCGCCAGCAGAACGCUCCAAGGCAGCACAAGGAACAACCGAAUGUUUCUACACAGGAAGAGACCGGACCAAGAUACAGAAACCCAAAGAACCAGCCAGCAAACUUAUUUGACCAGGAAAACGUCCAAAAAGUUGAAACUCGCAUUGAAGAGAAGCAGAAGCGAAUCGAAGAGAAAAUUGCAGAAAAGAACAAACAAGCAGAAGAAAAAUUCCAGCCAUACGUAAGAGAAGAGAAGAAGAAGGACAAAUUCGCUGUCUACAAACCAGAAAACAACAACAAUAAUAAUAACAACCAGAAACAGCAAGAAAAUAAAGAUAAAUUCGCUGUUUACACUCCACCUAAAGAAGAAUCAAAGAAGGAAGAAACAAAGAAGAAAGAAGGAAAGAAGAAACAGAAGAAAGACGACAAAUUUGCUGAUUUUGUUCCAGGAAAAGAACAAGAAAAACCAAAGGAAGAAGAGAAGAAACAAGAAAAGAAAGAAAACAAAUUCGCUGUUUAUGUUCCAGGAAAAGAAGAAACAAAGAAAGAAGAAACAAAGAAAGAAGAACAAGAAAAGCCAAAAGAACAGAAACAAAAGAAAGAAAACAAGUUUGCUGUUUAUACUCCAGGAAAAGAACAAGAAAAACCAAAGGAAGAAGAAAAACAACCACAGCAGCAACAAACACAAAAGAAGAAAGAAAACAAAUUUGCUGUUUAUGUUCCAGGAAAAGAAGAACAACAAAAACCACAAGAAGAAGCGAAACCAAAGGAAGAAACAAAGCCACAAGAACAGCCAAAGAAAGAAACAAAGAAGCAAAAGAAACAAAAAGAACAACAAAAGAAGCAACAAGAACAAGAAAAGAAACAAGAGGAACAACCAAAGAAACAAGAAAAGAAGAAAGAAGACAAAUUUGCUGUUUAUGUUCCAGGAAAAGAACAACAACAACAAAAGACAAAAGAAGACAAGUUUGCUACAUAUGUUCCUGAAAAAGAACAAAAACAACAACCACAAAAACAAAAUACAGAAAAGAAACUUGACAUCAAAACAAUCAGAAAAUCUGUUUAUUACUUAUUCGAAUCAUACUCUCCAUCUCUUACUGAUGAACAAGUUUUGCAGACAGAAGAAUACGCUGUUAAAUUCACUGAUCACGAGCCACAAGGUGAAGCAACAUUAUUCAAGUCUGUCAACUCUAUUCUUGCGGAUUAUUUGAUUGAAUGCUUCUCCAUCCAACCAAAGAUGACAAAUUCAACAACAAAAGUUCCAAAAUCGAAGCCAAUUACAAUACCUCUUCUUCUUCCUCCAUCAGUUAUUCCUGUCCAAUUCAAGAACGCUGAUGAAAACCAUGUCGAAAUCUCCAUCUUCAAGACUAAACAGACAUCAAUCGAAGAAUGCAAAAUGCUUCUUGAAAAAGCAAUUUACAGACUUAAAAUCGAUUUCAUUUUGUAUUCAUACACAUUCAAGAAAGUCAGUAAUGAAGGAACGAAACCAUCUGCAUUUGCAGAGAUGAUCAAGGAUUACAACUGCUUAGUUUUAUCUACACAUCCUCCACAAAGAGAUGUUAUUUCAUUCAUUGUUUACGCACUGACAAAACAAGGAAAGGAUAUUGAUGAGAAACUCGAAAAGAUUAAGAAGAUAUACGAGGAAUACUUCAAUAGGAAUAAGUUACUUCUCUGCAAGCAUUGUCAUUCAGCUUACAUAGAAGGCGAUGAUUCUGUCUGUAUCGAAUAUUAUCACCCUGGUAUGAGAAUUCCUUUGGAAUCUGGUUUGAUGGAGAAGGAACUCGAAGUAGAUGGCGAAACUAAGAAACUGGUUAAUUACGCUUGCUGCGGUACUUGUUAUUUGGAUGAUCCAGGUUGCCAACAAAAGUUAAACUUAACUCAUACAGAAGAAUCCGAAGUUUCCGAAUUUUUGAUCGAAAACGAAGUAUUCUAA